AUGGAAUGGGUGAGAGGAGCCACCGUUGGCCGAGGCAGCUUCGCUACCGUCAGCCUCGCCGUCGUCCAAGACCGCGGUGACAGCCAACUCCCGAAGCUGAUGGCCGUCAAGUCCGCCCCUCUCUUCCAAUCCUCCUUCCUCCAGCGCGAGGAGGCCAUCCUCGCCCGCCUCCAGCACUGCCCCUACAUCAUCCGCUGCUUCGGCCACGACCUCGCCGGCUUCGACGACUCCGACGAGCAGUACUACAAUCUAUUCCUCGAGUACGCCUCCGGUGGCACGCUAUCCGACCUCGUUCGACGCUCCGGCGGUUCUUUCCCGGAGCACACAGUGCGGCGCUUUACGCGCUCCCUUCUCGAGGGGCUCCGCUCCAUCCACGCCGAAGGCUACGUACAUUGCGACAUCAAGCUCCAGAACAUACUGGUGCGGAGUGACGGCGACGUUAGAAUUGCCGACUUUGGGCUGGCGAAGAAGAUCGGAGAUAAGGCCGAUGAUUGCACCCUCCUCCGGGGGACGCCUAUUUAUAUGUCUCCGGAGUCGGUGGCGCGUAACGAGUACGAAGCGCUGGCAGAUAUUUGGUCGCUCGGGUGCGUGGUGGCGGAGACGGCGUCGGGCAGGCCGGCAUGGAGGUUCUCCGGGGACGAGGACGUGUGGCAUUUGCUGCUGCGGAUUGGAUUUGGUGACGAGACGCCGGAGAUCCCCGCGGAGUUGUCGGACGUGGGGAAGGAUUUCUUGCGCCGGUGCUUCGCCAAGGAUCCUGAGAAGCGGUGGACUGCCGAGAUGCUGCUAGGCCACCCCUUUGUUGCUGAUUCCAGAAGUUUUGACGACGACGCCGACGCUGUGAUGCUUCCUUUUGUUUCGGGCACGGCCGGCGCCGAAUGCUGCACCCUUGCACGCCCAUCUCCGAGCAGCAUACUCGAUUUCUCGCAGUGGGUAUCACCGAGGUCUCACUCGCCGUCCACCUGCUCUGCUGCUUCACUGGACAUUCUGACUGCGUCUCCGGAUUGUUGUCAUGCUUCUCCGACCGAGCGGAUCAGCGAUCUAGCGACAGGGCAGAGGCGGCCCGAUUGGUCCUGUUUUUCGUCAGUAGGCUCCUGGAUCGACGUGAGACAAGUAGGCUUUGUUUCUAAACCAGAGGAUUCGUAUAGGCUUUGUUUCUGA